GACAGCAAUGAAGCGUAAGCGUUCUCGGUAGCCUCAUUUCCAUACUCUGUUAGUCUGAAGGCGCAACUUAUAUAUAAAAGAAAAAGGAGAAGGCAGACGUGUCUGGUGACAUACGCAAACUCGCAAUACCCACCCAGCCUUCCUCUCUCUCUCCCUUCUUCACCCUCUCUACGAGACUCAAGGCCAGGCGGUCGCACUCCCGAGAAUUGCCGUUCAUCUCCCCUGCUCUGAAAAUGCCGGACGCCCAGGUUUUAGGCUCCAGUGGACAGCGCGUAUCCUACGCUCCCAUUGCGGUUCCUACCGACGACAUCGAACUUGCGGGUGCGAGUAAGGAUGAGACGACGGAAACGGAUAAACUUUCGCCUUGUGUCGAUGCAGUCGACUUCAGCAACACGUGCCGGCCGCCCGCUGUCAGGAGUACGGGCUUUCUGCACAGGCACAGGAAGAAAAUAUCCCUCCUUCCGAUGAUGCACACUCAGUUCUGGGUGGCUGCAGCGUACGCUCUUCUGGCGCCACUUUUCCCAGCUCUGGCUGUUUCUAGGGGUCUGGAAGCCUGGGAGUACGGAUUUGUGUUUUCAUUGGGGAAGAUAACCACAUUAAUAGGGUCGUCAUGGGCCAAAAAACUGAUACAACAGACGUCUCCAAAAUUUGUAUUUCUCAUUGGACAAGUGGGAUACUUCCUGGCAAACGCAGUGUAUGGUGCCUUGUACUGGAUUCCUGGAAAGUACACGAUGUUAAGUAUCGCUCUGUUUGGAGGUGCGUUAGGUGGAUUGAGUGAGUCUCUGUACUGCGUCUCCAGCUAUGCAACCGCCACAGUUGUAUUGGCCGACCACCUUGGCUUCGCCGUUGCGGGAAUGCAAGUCCUGUGGGGAUCAGGAGGAGCGACGGGCGCCAUCCUCGGGGGCGCUAUUGCAGAUGUCUGGGGGUAUCCUGCGUCAUUCUUUGUGAUGUCAUCAGUAUUCAUGCUGUCUUCUCCUUUCAUCGCAACGUCGCGGAUCUUCCGAAGAGACCGAAAACCCCCAGUUGGGAAUGGCCGCAUUAAUGGAGAGAUUGCUGUUGUGGAAACAGAUAUGAAGCAUUACUGGCUGCUUCGUGAUCCUACCUUUAUUUCAUACUUGGUUAACCUAUUCCUUGACGGUCUCAUAUUUGGAUUCAUUGAACCAACGUUAGAGCCCUAUCUAGAUCAGUUUGACCAUAGCAGUUCGGGCGUUGGCAGUGUUUUCAGCGUUUACUCUGUUACCUUCUGCAUUGCUUCCGCCGUAUGCGGUUUUAUCUGUCACUGUAAGGCCGAGACCCGUUGCCUACCGCUGGUCCACUUGUUUAACAUAUUGGGCUUCCUCCUGAUAGGCCCAGCACCUUUUCUUCCAUUUAAACCCCACAUGAACUUCAUUUACGUCUCUCAAGCACUGCUGGGUGCAGGAGUCGCAUCGCUGCACGCCCUUUCAUAUUCAAGCGCAAUCAAGCGUGCAAUAGCUAAAGGUUAUAAAGAAGACAUCGACACCAGCAGUUUCGUGUGUGGUGCAAUAUUUGCCUCAUUCGUCGUCGGCGCAACCCUGAGUCCGCCUAUCAGCGGUUAUGUCGUUGAAGCAUUAGGAUUCCGAGUCGGCUCCAUGAUACUUUUCGGAGUACUGGUUGCUUGGAUGCCAGCCCUGCUACUCCUCCAGAAGAACUCAAGCAGUGCACACUGACCUCACCGGACGCGCAUAGUGACCUGGUCGGAAAAUAUUUUCUCAUUAGGAGAAAGGGAUUUCUUCAGUGUGAAGUGACCUUAGUAUCUGUUCAUUUUUUAUAAACAUAAAAUAGCCCUGACAAAAACAGACCAGCAAAAAGCUGACGACUAUAUAAGUUCGUUUACGGGGAAGGCAGACGCCAUAUGACAAGAGCUUCAACAUAAAGAGCAGAGAGUGGCGAUAAGCAAUUACGCUUACACUGACGUAAUGCAUGUCAAUCGCCUUAUGCGGUCCAAUAACUUAUUUUAAGGCACAGCGGUUAAAAAUGAAUGCCAUGCACAGAUUCUGGCAAUCAAUUUUUUUUUUCUCGUUUCUUCAGCACAAUUUUUUUUUUCACUCUAGCUGGAUGCGGAUCUUAUUUCCCGCACAGGAAUCGCACCACUAGACAAAGACGCUAAAUGAAGUAAACAUAACGAGCACUACUACAUGUCUACGAUAACGCGCAAUAGAAACAUUCUACACGUGAAAUACUCACAAGUACACUUGUAAAAUACUUAUGCACACCCACGAGUCAGUAUUUUUUUAAUUGAACAUAGCGAACUGUUUUGUGAUAUACGAUGGUAGCCUUAAGUAGUUCUAGUUACUAAGGUACUCGGCUGCUGACCCGCAGGCCGCGGGAUCAAAUCCCGGCUGUGGUUGCUGCUUUUCCGAUGGAGGCGGAAAUGUUGUAGGCCCGUGUGCUCAGAUUUGGGUGCACGUUAAAGAACCCCAGGUGGUCGAAAUUUCCGGAGCCCUCCACUACGGCGUCUCUCCUGAUCAUAUGGUGGUUUUGGGAUGUUAAACCCCACAAAUCAAUCAAUCAAUUAUUCGAUUUAUUUUUUAAUAAUAAAAGAAGGUCGUGAUGAUGUUUACGACUUCCGUAGCACAAAUCUAGCGCACGAUUGAUCGUCGUCGAGACAACAAUCCGCUUAUUGUGUCGGCCAACAAAAGGUUUAUAAAUGUUCAUCAAUAAACAAAAAAAACCGA